UCCGAUAGUGUUGCAGGUGUUGCACUUACACCACGCUCUACGUCGUUUAUAGAGCGCUCAAUCGUUCUCUGCUUCCGUGAUUGUUUUUCUCUCAACAUCAUGACAGCCAAUCAUCUGAUUAUUAUUCUAGCUGUUGUUUGUGCCCUAUCAACAAAAGCAUCUGCCUUCUGGUUUAAUGCCGAAGAACCACAAACUUCCAAACCAAGGGUACUAUAUCAAGCCCCAGAUUAUUAUAGACAGUAUGUUCCUCCACCACUACCAUAUGUACCUUUGCAAGUACCACUUCCUGCGCACUUAGCACCAGCUACAGUUCAGAACGUUCAAUUAGUGCCCUGUUUGUGUCCAGUGAGUCAGGAAUAUUCAUAUGACAGUGAUUUGAUCAGUAGAAAAGCUCAGUUCGUGCAACAGCCAUCCCCUAUUCCACAGCAAAAACGCAGAAGAUAAAGAGGAAAUAACAGUUUUCGUUUUAUUUCAGUCAGUUUACUAGCAAUUAACAAAAAUUAAUUACUACAUUUUUAAUUUAGUUAGUACUAAGUACACAGUGUUGUCCGAAUUGUAUUCCGGA